UGUCAGAAUCUUAAAUCUUUUUUUUUUCCUUAACAAACGAAAUAAGUAACGGUAAAUAACGACUUCAAGCGGUAACCAAAACGGCGAUAAACUUGGUCGUUUAAAAAGUUUCCGCAUACGUCGUUAGAAAUAUCCAAAGAGAGCAGGUGAGAUUUGGUUAACUCUCUCUCUCUCUACUUAUCUUCUUCACCAAAGCUACUCCAUCUCCAUGGCUGAACUUGUUCUAACUAUAAAAUCAAUAGAGAGACAGAUUAUGAUUUAAGAAGCAACCUUUGGAUGAUGAUUCGCCGUCUAUUCUCGUCUCUGACUCACCGGUUCCGCUGGCGGAUUCCGCUUUUCCUCUACGGCGCUACUUGGACGGCGUUUCUAACCAUCACCGUCGCGAUCGUCUCUCUGGCACCGGAGUUCGCGUUCGUGUCGUCGAUUUACCCGCCGUCUUCUUCGGUGGAGUUCUCUCGCCGGUGCGGCUCCGACGCAGCGGUUCUGGUGCCGUUGGAUCUUCCCACGGAGGUGUUUUGUUUGCCGGCGAAUCUGUUCCGGAGGUCCAAGAUUGACCUCGUUGUGCCGCCGGUUUUUGCAGCUAUUGUGGUCGCUGUAUCCGCCGUCGUUGUACGGACAAUGGGCCUUUGGGAGGAAGAAGAUGAAGAAGCCCUUUAACGGAAGGCCCAUUAUAUAAUAUUAUUAACAUCGGAAAGACUUGCUAUCCUCGUUAUAAACCUUCUUAUGUAAUCUCUCUAAUUUCAUUUGGAGCAAUAAUUAACAUACAUACUCAGGAAUAUUAUUACAUUUAAAUUUAGGCGACCACAUCAUAUAGGCAUA